CCCUCCAUCUUCUCUGGCUCUGCUCUGAGGACAGAAUGAUGUUGUGUUGGGUACUAAUAUUGCCGUUUGUUGGAUUUCUUAAAGCGCAAGAAAACCCUGUGGUAAUUUACGCACAAGUAGGAGGGACCGUUACCCUACAGAGAUACAGGGUAGAAGGAAAUGCAGAUAAUGUUUAUGUGAACUGGUACCGCGGGUCAGACACAAUCCCAACUAUCAUGAAGAAUCCUCAGAGUGGGAUCCAAAAGGCGAGAGAAAUGAAGACACACGCUGAUCUGUUGUCGGAUUUCUCUCUCCAAAUCUCACCAGUACAGCAUUCUGAUUUUGAAAUUUGGCGCUGUGUACAACAUGUAUUAUUAGCUACAACAGUAAAUACCUACAAACUGUACCAUGUCACUAUCCCCAAAGUGCCGGCUGUGAUGGCUGGUGACAUUCUGUCUCUGGAAUGUAAAGUGGACUCUAGUCCAUUUAAACCCAAAGUAACAUGGAUUCCACCUCAAAACUCAGAUUGUAAUCAAAUAAAUCAUUACGGCGAGAAAACUGAAGUCAGAGGUGUGUCUAGGUGUAAUAGUGGUGUUUGGACAUGCAAGUUGGAGUAUGAUGGGAGAAAAACUGAAGCAACAACAACUGUUUUUAUAAUAGACCUCUCCCCUUUUCCAGAUACCAUUUAUACCUCAUAUUCGUCCUCUACAGUCGACAUUCCUUGUUCCUUCUUUUCUAACAUUCCCUGGUCAGUCUUGAAAGAAUCUGGCUUCAGGGGUGGUAGCUGGAGCUUCACUCCUCUCAGCGACCCGAAGUCAACACAAUCUCUCCUCAGCCUCAGCGUUGAUCCGGUAGUCAGAUGGAACAUCACACAGGGCGCAAACAAUACCAUCAAGGUCAAGGGAAGAGAGUUGAAAGACCAUGAUCUAUCGAUUCGUAAUCUGCCUGUAUCAGAGAACAUCAGAGGGGUUUACACAUGUGAUCUAAAAUUUAACACCAAGACCCUCAGCAGUGAAGUCACGGUGGAGGUUCUGAAGGCUACGUUUUCCAACGAGGAAUUUACAAAACGAAACAUCGAUGUUUGUUACAUUGAUACUCAUGCUGUUCCGUGGCCUCCUACACAAGUGAUCACCCUCCAUCUUCUCUGGCUCUGCUCUGAGGACAGAAUGAUGUUGUGUUGGGUACUAAUAUUGCCGUUUGUUGGAUUUCUUAAAGCGCAAGAAAACCCUGUGGUAAUUUACGCACAAGUAGGAGGGACCGUUACCCUACAGAGAUACAGGGUAGAAGGAAAUGCAGAUAAUGUUUAUGUGAACUGGUACCGCGGGUCAGACACAAUCCCAACUAUCAUGAAGAAUCCUCAGAGUGGGAUCCAAAAGGCGAGAGAAAUGAAGACACACGCUGAUCUGUUGUCGGAUUUCUCUCUCCAAAUCUCACCAGUACAGCAUUCUGAUUUUGAAAUUUGGCGCUGUGUACAACAUGUAUUAUUAGCUACAACAGUAAAUACCUACAAACUGUACCAUGUCACUAUCCCCAAAGUGCCGGCUGUGAUGGCUGGUGACAUUCUGUCUCUGGAAUGUAAAGUGGACUCUAGUCCAUUUAAACCCAAAGUAACAUGGAUUCCACCUCAAAACUCAGAUUGUAAUCAAAUAAAUCAUUACGGCGAGAAAACUGAAGUCAGAGGUGUGUCUAGGUGUAAUAGUGGUGUUUGGACAUGCAAGUUGGAGUAUGAUGGGAGAAAAACUGAAGCAACAACAACUGUUUUUAUAAUAG